CAAUUUUCGGCCUUUCGCAAUGGCCAACAUUCGGAAAAAGAAAGUGAGCCUGUGGGAGCGGCUCAAGGAGGGCCCCAGGGACUGGCUGCUGCACCUGGCCGAGGACUACGAGAUCAUCGACUGGGACAAGUACUUUGGGUACACAGUUGAGCACGAGGUGCUGAUAGAUACGACAGACCGAUACCGCACCACGAUCAGAAGCGGCAGCAAGGACUACUGGGAUGAUGCACCGGUGGCCUCAGAGUCGGACAGAACAUGGUAUGGCAUACUGGUGCUGCUUCAGUUAAUGCUAUUUGGUGUCAGCAUGGCAAAUGCGUGGCGGCUGUUUACUACAAGGCGCACGUACCAGCUGCUUAUGAAAGACUUGAGCGCAAGGAAUCUGACCAGCAGUUGCAGACGGAUGACCAUGGGAACCGAGCGGCCGGCCUGGGCACUGAAGCUGUGGGGCCGGCCAGUCUGGUACAUAUGGAAGAAGAUCAUGGGCAUCGAUGACACCGUCUUUGGCGAGAUCUGGGAGAUGUCAAUGUGGACACCAACAACCUUUUCGCGCAACAUGUUCUGCUGGGCAUCGCCACUGCAGCUUCUGGUGCUGACCUUCCUCGACUGGUCAAGCUGGUACUACAUCUUGCCGCUGGCUGCUGGGAUUGCAGUCCAAAGCACGUAUCUGGUGAUGGCAUACACGACACUGGUCAAAGACAAGCAGAUCGUCAGUGGCGAGGUGCACGAUGAAUACAACUUCAAGUUUGUGUACCCACACCUGUUUGCGCCAAAGCGCGACGCGGCCACUAGCACAUUGGAAGACUACGUGAUGGCACGCGAGUACCACAGGAGCAUGCAGCCGCAGUACUACAUGGACGACGAUAGUUCCUACCAUCGGCACACCUCCACAGAGUCAAUGGGUCGACGCAGCUACCUGUCGCGCGGGGUACCGCGUAGAUCGUAUCGCUCUGAUUCGCGGUCGCGCAGCAGCAUGGCGUCUGAGCGCUCUGCAGCCUCGGACAGUCGUGAAAGAAGGUUCCCGAUGCGGCGCAGUGCUGCCACGCAGCGCAGCUCGAUGGCGUCACAGACUGACGAUUUUAGCUCAUUCGCGCCUCUUGGAGCGUUCAAGCCGCGAGACAGGUCGGUGCGGCGUUGGCGCACUGACGACUCUGGGCAAGAGUCGGAGCACUUUUUCAGAUAAAUUAUAAAAAUUAGACGAGGUGCGAGAACUGUUAUUCACAACAACCGGGAAAUGAAGCUGGCAGC